UCCCCUGUGUGGAAAUCUUGGAAAAGUUUUAUUCAGUCUUAGAGCACAAAGGACUAGUUGUGUUCGUUUUUAUUUAUCGCUAAGAUUAAGGUUAUUUUUUCUUUUUUUGCCAGUGAGUGCGAUUUCUUCUAGGGUUGCAGAGAGAUUCAGUGGUGCGUUAUUGGCGUUUUGUUUCUCGCGUGUCGGCGCCAAAUUUUCAAAGUUGAUUUUAAGUUUAAUGACUCUCGAAUGAUCGGCGCUCUGAUGUUAGAAGAUGCAUCAUAUCUUCUCCGCCUACAUUCAUUUAGAGUUGUUUGACAGGAACAUAACGUGUCCAGUUUUGGACAUUCGUCAAUUGUUGUCGUUCGGCUGAGCUGUUCGACUGUCCAGUUAUUCGAUUUGAUUGUUUCUCUCUGUAAAUCAUCAAAAAGGAUGGUGUUCUUUUAAUAUAAGUAGGAUUCACGUUCUGUCAAAAAAAAAUUUCUACGAAAUUGUGUGGAUUGUGAUUUUUAUCAAGUGUGGAGACAAUGCUAAUAAAAUAUAUAAGUAAACAAUUAUAACUAUAAAUAGACUUUUAGCGAUAAUUCCUAUAUCUUUACUGAAGAAGAUAUCGGUAAAAGAAUAAAUAAAAAGAAAUUCGCCUUACAGGAAAAAUAAAACACCUCUAAAAGUAACGGUGAAAAAAAAGGGGAAGAAAAUUUAAAAGAGAAACACUUCAUAUAAACAAUUGACGAAAUUGCGUCAACUUUCCCCAUUAAAGGAAAUAUUUUCAUCAAACGACAUUGAGAAAUGCGAUAUAGCGCAAAAAAUAUAUCUCAAACUGCUUAACUAAACAGAAAAAGAAAGAAGGAAUAAAAAAAAAGAAUGAAAUUUCAAGAAGAAAAGAAACUAUCGCAUAUUAAAUUCCCCUCAAACCUAUCCACGCUUUAAUCGUUGUCAAACGAUUUGAGGAGAGCGCCUAAUAUUUAGAAUAUAGAUAUCCAUCAAUAAUUCGAAAGAGAAGGAACGAAGAGAAAAGAAGAGGAGUAGAGGGAGAGGAGGAGGAAGAAGAUCCCCCAAAGCAUCCUUGGUGUGGAGUUGAGGCGCCUGCCGUUUCCAAAGCGUCCAGUUCCCCCGCGCUGAAGAUAGCGCCGAAAUGAACUCUCAUUGGCUCGCUUCGCCCAAAUAGCCAAUCAAGAGCGGCACUGUCCCCGGCGUGCCAAAGUCCACAGCGGCGCUGCGCCACUUUCACACGCCGAUCGUGCCAAAGCCGUCGCCGAAUUCCAGCUCUCCUCUCUUCUCUUCCCGUCGAAACUCAAAAGUGAACGGGGUGUUUUUCGGCGACGACCCCCCCAUGCGAUUCGAAUCCGCCGACUUCGGUCCGGGGAUGGCCUAUCAUCCGUUCUUGCUGCCCCCGGCCGCGGCGGCUCGACACCCACACCAAACGGACUUUAGUAUGAACUCAAUACUUACACAGCCGCAUUACCUGUCUGCGGCCCUGCAGAACUUUAAUCCGGCCUUGGCGGCGGCCGCAGCCGCGGCUUGUUAUCCGCCGCCGGCCCUUUUUCCAAAACCGCCUGUGGGUGCUGGGGCGCACCAUCAUCUUACUGCGGAAGAUGUGUUAGCGGCCCACGCGGCUGGCGGGGCUGCACCUCAUCUAAGGCCCUUAAGGACUCUGGAACCAGAGGAUGAUGGUGUCCAAGAUGACCCUAAAGUGACCCUCGAGGCCAAGGACUUAUGGGAUAAGUUUCAUGCUCUUGGAACUGAAAUGGUCAUCACCAAAUCAGGAAGGCGCAUGUUUCCUGCAUUCAAAGUUCGAGUGAGUGGCCUAGACAAGAAGGCCAAAUACAUUCUGCUGAUGGACAUUGUAGCAGCAGAUGACUGUCGCUACAAAUUUCACAACAGCCGGUGGGUGGUGGCGGGUAAAGCCGAUCCCGAGAUGCCCAAAAGGAUGUAUAUUCAUCCCGACUCACCAUCCACGGGUGAACAAUGGAUGCAGAAAGUUGUCUCCUUCCACAAACUAAAACUGACCAAUAAUAUCUCAGACAAGCAUGGUUUUAUAACGCAGACGAUCCUGAACUCGAUGCACAAGUACCAACCCAGGUUCCAUCUGGUGAGGGCAAACGACAUCUUGAAGCUUCCUUAUUCCACAUUUAGAACGUACGUCUUCAAGGAAACAGAAUUCAUCGCUGUCACUGCUUAUCAAAACGAAAAGAUAACGCAACUAAAAAUCGACAAUAACCCUUUUGCUAAAGGAUUUAGAGAUACGGGGGCUGGCAAAAGGGAGAAAAAUAACGUGACCAUCCCGUUCUCCAGGCGACAGGCCCUUCUUCUCAAUCAACAGCCUCACCAUUCAUCCGGGGGUCAGCAUCUUCCCUCUUCCACAUCCUCUUCUGGAGCCCACCAUGGUGACCCUGGAGAUGACUCCAGCGACGAUGAUGAAAAAGUGGAUGUUGGUGGAACAGCCGAUCUUCAAGCAUCUGUAGCAUCUCUGAAUUGUGGGAAAGAUGAUACGCAUUCAAGAGAUGAAAGAAGAGAGAACGGAUGCUCCAAGGAAGACAGUUGUGAGGAUAGCUUAGACAAACCUAUAUCAUCCAUAAACUCAGCGGAUCAUAACGGUUCUUCAAGAGAUUACAAAAACGAUACCCUUGAUGGACUGUCUAAGGCUGUACAACCAAACGUAACUGUUGGACCUGCAAUGCCACAUCCUCAUCUUUUACCUUACCUUUACCCUCCUGCCUUGUACUCGUCUGGCAUGGGCCACUUACCUCUCUCUCAGCUCUUUCUUCCAGGAGUCACUUGUGCAUCUGGACCCAACCAGCCUUUACCUCUUUCCCUCUUCACUUCAGCUGGCCAUCCAUCACCAGCUUUUUCAGCCUCUCAUCUAGCUCAGAGCUCACUAAAUCCAUCCUCCCAAGCUGGAGGGCCACUGUCUGGGAUGGGACACAACCUCUUGCUGAAUGCUCAACUUGCCUUCGCUGCUGGUCAUUCCAUGUUUCAUGGCUAUCCACCUGCGCAUGGCUUAGAUUCGCCACUGUCUAAUGCUGGAAAUGGAGGACUUUUAACUACUGCUGGAUCAGUUGCUGGAAAAGUAAAACCUCACAGGUUUUCCCCCUAUCCCUUGCCAUUGACGACUAUGACGAGUACAACUCCAUCGACACCCCUUACAGUUCCGACUGAAGUUGUCAGGUCACCACUGUCAACAUCUCCUUACGAUGGUUCAGUAAAUAACCACCCACCUCAUCUAAAUCACAAUUCUAUAAAUAAACUCGGUGCUGUAUCACCCCACGGUUCAGAGUGUGGCAGCUCUGAUGGUUCUGUCGGACCUUCUUCUGUAUCAUCAUCGAGUGACUUAAAAAACAUUGAGAACAUGGUGAAUGGACUGGAAAGGCAGCAGGAGCAAUUGGCCGCAGAGACAUUGACAAGGCUGACAGAAAAAUAAAACUGACCCCCACUACCCCUUCGAAAAAAAGAGGUAAAACAUUGCCAAUACAGGCAUCCUGCUGAAAAUAGUCAAAACUCAUCAAAGUCCCAACGAUUUGGUUAUUUAACAUUUGGCCAGUGUACCAAAGCGGGCAAAGAAGGGACUUUUACGAUAAACUUGAAGCAAUGAGGAAAUGCGUAGAAGUCUGCUUCAUGUAGCCAGUGAUAUUCAACUUUGUACAAAAUAAAAAUCAUGACUGUGUACCCCUUUUCCUAUCUGUACAGCAAUAGAACUCUGCUUCCAAAACCAAAGAAAACUACAGAGAUGUAUUGGACACCAGAACACUGGAAAAGGGUCCUGCUCGAAGAGAUUGCGCUUUAAAAGAGCACAUUUGUUAAAGUUUUUUUUACAGAUUAAAAAAAGCAUAUGCUCCGAAUUGGUUGUGUCUAAUACAGAAAGAAAAAAAAACAUGUGUUAAGAUGCUUUUGAAGGAAAAAAUAGAAGCAGAGAUAUGACAGUCUGCGUUCAAAUUGCUAUAAUUUAAAUAAUUUUUGCAGUAUUACUUGCUUUAGAAUUGCAAUUUUUAUAUGUGUACAACCAUAUACAACGUAAAAUGAAUGCUAUUUUAUUUAUAUUGAAAAAAAGAACUUAGAUUAAAAUAAUUGUUUCACCCAUUAAACAAAAGAUCUUUUAGAAUGACCUAUGGACGAAACAAAGUCCUUAAAAUCAGUUACUAGAGCCUGAAGGUUACCCCACACAAGGGUUACUACUGAUUCAUUUCAGUCUUGUUUAACCAUGUUUUGGACAAAGUCAGAGAAUAUUGAAAUUUAAUUUCACAAUAAUUCAUUAAUUUUGUUAUUACAGUGAAGCAAUAUCAAAAUAAGCAAUAUUUAUAUGAACACGAACUCAACUAACCACAUUGGGACCUUUAAAAUAAUUUAUUUUAUCAUAAUACAGUUUAUUUAUCAAAACAUAUCUGUUGAAGUUUGUAAAAUGGACAAAAAGAUGUAUAUCAUACAUUCAUUUAGAAUUUUGUUAUAUUCGAAAUGGUGCAUAAUAUUUAGUUUCGAUGAUGCUAAAGUCAAACAUUACACCUUAUCUAAAAGAAAUAAUAAUAACUAAACGAAAAACAUUUUCCUUUACAAGGUUUAAAUUUAAUUCCUUAUAUUUUUAAUGAAGUUUCAUUUAAUUCAAAUUCAUCUAAAUCUUGUUAUUAUUAAUUGUAUAAAUCUAUUUUUUUAAAGAAAUUCCUUUGUUAACUAAGAUAAGACAUUACAUCUUGCCUGAAAAAAAAAUCAAACUAAAUAUUCCAGUUUAUAAAAUUUUAAAUUAUGUUUAUAAUGAAGAUUCGUCUAAUUUAAAUUCAUCUAAAUGUCAUUAUUAAAUUUUUUUAAUCUAAUUUCUCGUUCAAUACCUUUCUAUUACUUUUAAAAUCUCUUCUAUGUUUAGGCAGUAUCAUUUGGAUUAAAAAAUGUAUAAAUUUAAUGUAUUUAAUUCUCUAAUUUUUAUUUAAAAUUUCCGUUUCUGAACUGAAUGAUGUUGAAUCAUAGUUUUGAUUCUUUAAAUCGUAAUGCGUUACAAAUUUUCCGCAAUCUUAAUACAGUGAUGUUGAACCAUAUUUUCGUUCAAGAUGAUGAGCCAUUGCAUCGUAUUAUUAUGUUUAGGAAAUACGAUAACAAGGUUCAGCACACCCUAUUAAGGUUGGCGUAAAUUGAAACGAUAUUAAGGUACCAAGAUUUCUAAAAUCCUUAACAUACUUUAUGAAGAGUAUAUUUAAGUGAUCAUUAAUCUAUAAAUUUCUUUCAAGUUCAAUUGGAGAAUAUUUGUUCAAAACCCCAGAAAUAUACGACAAAUACUUUAUUUGCAAAAUUAUAAUCCACUGUUUUGAAAGAGAAAAAAAAAAUAUUUAUAAAAUUUCGUUUCAUUGAGUCAACAAAAUGAAAGAAAUGUAUGAAAACAUCUUGAAUGAAAAUUGUAUAAAUGAAAAUAAAAUUUAUUGUAUUUAUUCAAAUUCUGUACUAUAGUAAUAGUUGUAUAUGUUGUAAGGUUACUUUUGUGGUGUUAUAAUAAAAAAUAUUAUGUGCUAUGUAA